ACCCGAGGGCUUGGGGCGGGGCUGCCGCCUGCGGUAAUUCCUCGUCAGCGCCGGGGGGCGGGCUCAGCGGCGGAAGUGGCGCCGCCGGGAGCUCCCCUUCCGCUCCGAGGCGCUGCCGGGGCCGGGCAGCCGGACUGCGGCCGGGGCAAGAAGAGCUGGGGCCGCGGCUGACAUGGAGCAGCUGCCCUGCUGAGGCCCUGCCCUCCCCGCCCUGAGGUGGGGACCACCAGGAUGAGCAAACCGCCUGGGGAGCUGGCCCGCGACCUGGAGCGCAGCCUGCCAGCCGUGGCCUCCCUGGGCUCGUCGCUGUCCCACAGCCAGAGCCUCUCCUCGCACCUACUCCCGCCACCUCCCGGGAAGCGCCAGGCCAUCUCUGACGUGCGCCGCACCUUCUGCCUCUUUGUCACCUUCGACCUGCUCUUUAUUUCCCUGCUCUGGAUCAUUGAGCUGAACACCAACACGGGCAUCCGCAGGAACCUGGAGCAGGAGAUCAUCUACUACAGCUUUAAGACCUCCUUCUUUGACAUCUUUGUCCUGGCCUUCUUCCGCUUCUCGGGACUGCUCCUGGGCUACGCGGUACUGCGGCUCCGGCACUGGUGGGUGAUUGCGAUCACUACGCUCGUGUCCAGUGCUUUCCUCAUUGUCAAGGUCAUCCUCUCUGAGCUGCUCAGCAAGGGGGCUUUUGGCUACCUGCUCCCCAUCGUCUCCUUCGUCCUCGCCUGGUUGGAGACCUGGUUCCUCGACUUCAAAGUCCUCCCCCAGGAGGCUGAGAAGGAGCGAUGGUAUCUUGCUGCCCAGGCUGCUGUUGCCCGUGGACCCCUCCUGUUCUCUGGCGCCCUGUCCGAGGGCCAGUUCUAUUCACCUCCCGAAUCUUUUGCAGGGUCUGACAAUGAAUCAGAUGAAGAAGUCACUGGGAAGAAAAGUUUCUCUGCCCAGGAGCGGGAGUACAUCCUGCAGGGGAAGGAGGCCACUGCAGUGGUGGACCAGAUCCUGGCCCAGGAGGAGAACUGGAAAUUCGAGAAGAACAACGAAUACGGGGACACCGUGUACACCAUUGAGAUCCCUUUCCACGGCAAGACGUUCAUCCUGAAGACCUUCCUGCCCUGCCCCGCGGAGCUGGUGUACCAGGAAGUGAUCCUGCAGCCCGAGAGGAUGGUGCUGUGGAACAAGACGGUGACGGCCUGCCAGAUCCUGCAGCGGGUGGAAGACAACACCCUCAUCUCCUACGAUGUGUCUGCAGGGGCCGCCGGUGGGGUGGUCUCCCCCAGGGACUUUGUGAAUGUCCGGCGCAUCGAGCGGCGCAAAGACCGGUACCUGUCGUCGGGCAUCGCCACUGUACACUGCUCCAAGCCCCCGACGCACAAAUACGUCAGGGGAGAGAACGGUCCCGGGGGCUUCGUCGUGCUGAAGUCAGCCAGCAACGCCCACGUGUGCACCUUCAUCUGGAUUCUUAACACAGAUCUCAAGGGCCGCCUGCCCCGGUACCUCAUCCACCAGAGCCUCGCAGCCACCAUGUUUGAGUUUGCCUUUCACCUGCGGCAGCGCAUCGGAGAGCUGGGGGCCAGGGCGUGACGGCGCCCCUUACCCACCCUGCAGGCCAGGGUCCUGUCACCACAGGCUCCAGAGGCAGGAAAACGGGGCCAGCUGGGCUUCCUGCUGCCCACACAGGACCUGGCCUCAGCGUGGGCGUCAUCCUGGCCUUAGGCCAGCACCGACCUCUGAGCCUCACUGUGCCUGGGAGCCCCAGCCCUGAGCAGGCUGCGGGGCCGAGUGUUUGAACCCAGGGGCUGUGCUGGCGGAUGGAAGUGGGGGCUGUCCUGCUGCCUCCCAGAGGAGAUCACUGUCCCCGCCCUGGCCAGGGGCAGGGUCUGCGACAGGAGCCUCAGACUUGGUGGGGGCAGCCAGGGCCGGGCAGCGCCACCAGUGUUACGGGGAAAGCGCUCCUCAUGUGCCCACCUGUCACGGCUUUCUGGGGUUCCAGAAAGGUCUGGGACCUUUCCCCGGACAUGUGGGGCAGUGGGUGCUGGCAGGGAAUCUCUGCCUCUCUCAGGCCUCCUUGGGGACCUUUGUAAUUUGAGCCAAUUAAAAAAACCAUAAACUCAGA